UACAAAACCUGCAGUAGUGGUCAGAUAUGGAAAAUUAUACAAAAUCACCUGACGAUUCCGACAUGUCAGAUAUUAUCAAAUUUUACAGAAGGUCUUAAAGAAUAACCGCGAUGCUUAGAAAUUAUAUAACUCGUAUUAUGAAAGAAGAAGUGGAACCCAUAUUUGAAGACCCUAUGUGCAAUUCGAAGCUACCAGUAAGGGUUACUUUCGAAGAAAUCACCUCGGCAGCGUACAAAAUUAGAAGCGGAAUUGUAUACACGCCAUGUACGCGCUCCCACAUGUCUGGGUUAACAGAAAUGGAUAUAUUUCUGAAAAAGGAUUUUUUACAACAAACUGGAAGUUUCAAAGAACGAGGUGCCAGAUACGCCCUACUCCAAUUAACCAACGAACAAAAGAGAAAAGGCGUCAUCGCAGCUUCUCUGGGUAACCACGCGCAGGCUCUAAGUUACCAUGGUUAUCAGUUAGGAGUACCAGUGACUGUAGUAAUGCCGAUUACAGCUCCGAUAAUGAAAGUACAAAAAUGCAAAGAAUACAACGCUAACGUCAUCAUGGAAGGUAGGAACAUGGCAGAGGCGAAAAGGAGAGCUAUGCAAUUAGCCAAAGAAACCGGAUGGAUAUUUAUUAAUGGGUACGAUAAUCCACAGGCUAUAGCUGGUCAAGGUACCAUAGGAUUGGAAAUCAUGGAACAAGUAGAAGAUAUAGACGCGGUUGUGGUACCAACAGGUGGUGGCGGGCUUUUGGCGGGAGUAGCUGUAGCAGUAAAAACUCUCAAUCCCAGUAUUAAAAUUAUUGGUGUAGAAUCGGAAAGAUGCGCCAGUUACACUAAAGCGAUCGAAAAUUCGGAACCCAUGCAUACGGAUAUAGAAUCUACUUUGGCCGAUGGACUGGCAGUACCUCAAGUCGGAUACAAUGCUUGGAAUACUUCAAAACAUUUGGUAGAUAAAAUGAUAGUUGUAAAAGAAGAAUGGAUAGCGUUGUCAAUAUUGAGAUUUAUCGAAAAUGAAAAAUGUGUAGUUGAAGGAGCAGGUGCUUGUGGUUUAGCGGCAAUUUUAGCUGGAUUUUUAAAUGAAUUCAAAGGAAAAAGGGUUGUUUUGAUCCUGAGUGGUGGAAAUAUUGAUACAACACUGUUGGGGAGGUGUUUAGACCGAGGUUUAGCGGCAGACGGGCGAUUAGUAAAAUUUAAAGUGACAGUUAGCGAUAGACCUGGUGGUAUAUCCGAAUUAUGCAAAAUAAUUUGUUCUGUAGGUGUUUCUAUCAAAGAUAUUAUUCACGAAAGGGCAUGGGUCACAUCAGACGUUUUUAGCGUGGAGGUAAAAGUAGUAUGCGAAACUAGGGAUUAUACUCAUACUACAGAAUUACGUGAUUUAUUAUUUUCAAAAUAUAAGAAAGUACAAUUUGACCGGAUACAGAAAACUGAUUGUGUGACAUCGUCGACUGAAAUUUAAUUCCAAGUAGAUAUUUUGAAUAAGUUAUAAAUACAGGUAUAUAUCAAAUAUCGAACAAUAUAUUAAUGAUUUUUUGUAAUAUUAGAUUAUCUUUAUUAAAAUAUUUUCAACAUA